AUGGAGACGUUGCUGUGGCUGCUGGCUGGCCUGGGCUGCGUGCUGCUGGCCUGGGUGGUGGCCGCGCUGGCCUGCACCGCUCUGCCCGCACUCUGGCUGUGGCUGCGCCCCGACUCCGUGGACCUCGUCCGCAAGUUCGGCCAAUGGGCUGUGGUUACUGGUUCAACAGAUGGUAUUGGUAAAGCAUAUGCGCUUGAGCUAGCAAGACGUGGACUCAACAUAGUCCUUAUUAGCAGGAAUCAGCAGAAGUUGGAUGGUGUUGCAAAAGAGAUUGAAUCAAAGUUCAGUGUACGAACAAAAACAAUAUCAGUAGACUUUAGUAAAGGAAAGGCAGUAUUUGAUAUCAUUGAAUAUGAACUCAAAGACAUCCCUAUUGGAAUUUUGGUAAACAAUGUAGGUCGCAUGUACACAUAUCCAAUGUAUCUAACAGAAGUGCCUGAACAAGAAUUAUGGGACAUUGUCAAUAUCAAUAUUGGUGCUACAACGUUGAUGACUAGAUUGGUGCUUCCACAAAUGCAGCAGAGGAGAAGGGGAGCCAUCAUUAAUGUUUCAUCAGGAUCAGAGCUUCAACCACUCCCUCUCAUGACUGUAUAUGCUGCCUCAAAGGUGUUUGUGAAAAGCUUUUCAGAUGCUCUACGCUAUGAAUACAGCCAGUAUGGAAUAACAGUACAGCACCUCUCACCAUUGUUUGUAAACACAAAGAUGAAUGCAUUCAGUCAUCGGCUUCAGUCAACAAACCUAUUUGUUCCUGAUGCUACAACAUAUGCACGAAAUGCUGUAAACACUCUUGGCAGGCUAAACAGCACAACUGGUUACUGGGCACAUGGAAUACAGUAUUUCUUUCAUGGGAUACCUCCAGUAUGGGUUAGAACUUAUCUUGGAGGCAUCAUGAACAAGGUGUUCCGAAAAGAUUACUUGGAAGCUGUGUCAAAGGUGCCUCAAGAAAUAAAACAAUAAAUAGCAAUCCUUGCCAGUGUCCAAAGCAAAAUAUUGUCCUGCAUACUUCUUGUAUGUGUAAUAUUAGCUUCAUCUGUGGUGGACAGUAAGUCACUCAAUGAAACAACAUAUAUUUAUAAGAAAAUUAGUGAUGCAGCUUUUUGUUUUGUGUGAUAUGAUCUGACAUGGAAAUAUUCUUCUUCAGAUGAUCAUUAUUGAUAACUGAUUCCAAAAGGAAUACAUGAAACUCCUGUGUCUUAUAUGUUUCACAUUCUUUUGAACUUCUGUAUUGUUGACGUUGUUCAGUUGGGUUAUCCAAAGUGUGUCGCUAAUUGUGUUUCAUGUUUGUGAGUCUGUUGUCUAGAUAAUUAUAAUGGUAUUCAUAUCUUUGAACUCAGAUGCAUUUCCUGUUUAAUGUUAUUUGUGAAUGUGCACUAGGAAAUUAGUUCUGUGUUUUUAAGACUGCCAAUAAUGUACAUAAUAUCUAUAUAAUCACUAAGAAAAUCAAAUAUGGGACUUUCCAGCAUUAAUAAUGUCUGACAAAAAUGUGUAUGCACUGACUGACAAAUGAACCUCUCUGUCAUUCAUAGAUACACUCAAAAGUAAAUUAUAAAUUUUGAACUUCCAGAAUCAAAAUGUGUUCAGUAGAUUAAAGAGAAAUCAAUAUUGAACAAAAUGAUGAAGAAAAGCAGCCGUAGCAACAUAAGCAAGUAAAUCAGAACCUGGUUGAAGAGAGACUAGGUACCAAAAAAAAAAAAAAAAAACGGAGAACAAGCUAGGUAUUCAACAGUCAGAUGUACAUGAUAUUUCGCUCAAAAGAAUCAGCUAAUAGACUUAAUCAAAACAGCUGUAGAAGAAAGCUGAUGUGGCUGGAUAAUAAAUGAAAGACAAUUAAAGUUAAGCAUAUAAAAGUGUUUGUUACAUACAAAUAAAAAUCAAGAGACUUAAAAAACAAUACUUACAUUAAUUAUGAUAUAAAGUAACUGAAAAAAAAAGAAACAGGGUGGUAAUGAGUUGGUAAACUGUUGUAUGGUGCCUCUUGUGGUAUGUUGUUUUCAGAAACUCAGUAUUCACUCUUCUCUGUUAAUUAGUCUAUACUUUUUUUCUGUCUUCCUCUUCUGUUUAAGUCCAUUCAAAGCAGCCUUUAUUUUUGAAUGAAUGUAUCAAUUGCAUAAUGAUUUUCUUUUUAUGAAUGGGUGACUGUAGUUUACAAUGAGAUAAAUGGCACUUAUUAUUAAAACACUCUCAUAUGUUUGGUGAGAAGAAUUUAUGCUGAGGACACACACAAAUUUAAAACAGGAGGGAGGAAGGGGAAAGACAUGUGGAACGCUGGGCAUAACCAGAGAGAGGCUGGAUGCAGCAAAAGUUUUAGGAAGGAAGUAGAAAUAACAGAGAAAUGAUUGAAAGAGUAUAAGACACAGAAGAUGGCAAAGUAGUAAUAAGCCUAGCUGAAAGAGUGCAGAAACAAUUUGAACAGAAAAGCAAAGUGAAAGCAUGAAACUGAAAAGGAAUUAAACAAAUAGUACUUUAAGUAUUGUGUCUAUGUUUAAGGUGGUACUUUCUAUCCACAAUGUAAUGAAAUGUUUGUAUAUUUGAUAGUAAAUGAAGUUAUUUUCUCUACAAAUUAUUUACUUUUCAAUGGAGCUGUAUUAUAGCUGGGACCUGAUUUAUGAAAGUCAUGG